GAGAGAAACCUUAUUUUUUAACUGUGCUAUGGAAUAGAAGCAGGAGGGUUUUCCACCAAGUGACAGUCACUGAGCUGAACUUACCCCCUCCUCCUUUCCACACCUGCAAAGCCUUUUGCCUGGGUUGAAUAUUUAGUUUAAUUACAUCUCAGCUUUGAGAGCUCCUGUUGCAAAUCCCUGGAUUAAAAGGUCCUGCUGAGAGUCAAUGAACUAAGCCAUGAAGCUGGCUCUCCUCUUCGUCCUACUGCUGCCAGUAUGCUUGGCCAAGCCAUUCCACCAAAAGGGCUUGUUUGACUUUAUGCUAGAGGAUGAAGGGUCUGCCGAUCUGCCUCCAACAGAGGAUCCUGUGAUAUCUGGAUAUGGACCAAUAUGCCCCUUCCGCUGCCAGUGUCACCUUCGUGUGGUGCAGUGCUCUGACCUAGGUUUGGAUAAAGUACCAAAGGACCUCCCCCCUGACACAACUCUGCUGGAUUUACAGAAUAACAAAAUCACUGAAAUUAAGGAAGGGGAUUUCAAGAACUUGAAAAAUCUUCAUGCAUUGAUCCUUGUUAACAACAAAAUCAGCAAAAUAAGCCCAGCAGCUUUUGCUCCUCUGAAGAAACUGGAAAGACUUUAUCUGUCCAAGAACAACCUGAAAGAGCUUCCAGAAAACAUGCCCAAGUCUCUUCAGGAAAUACGUGCUCAUGAGAAUGAGAUCUCUAAGCUGAGGAAAGCUGUCUUUAAUGGACUGAAUCAAGUGAUUGUUCUAGAACUGGGCACCAAUCCGCUCAAAAGUUCAGGCAUUGAAAAUGGAGCUUUCCAAGGGAUGAAGAAACUGUCCUACAUCCGUAUUGCAGAUACCAACAUUACUAGCAUCCCAAAAGGGCUUCCUCCAUCUCUUACUGAACUUCACCUUGAUGGCAACAAAAUCAGCAAAAUUGAUGCUGACAGUCUGUCUGGACUCACCAACUUGGCUAAAUUGGGUCUUAGUUUCAACAGUAUUUCUUCAGUCGAAAAUGGCUCUCUUAACAAUGUACCUCAUCUGAGAGAGCUUCAUUUGAAUAACAAUGAACUUCCCAGAGUACCUGGUGGGCUGGGUGACCAUAAAUAUAUCCAGGUAGUCUAUCUUCAUAACAACAAAAUUGCUUCAAUUGGGAUCAACGACUUUUGCCCUCUUGGCUACAACACCAAAAAGGCUACCUACUCCGGCGUGAGCCUUUUUAGCAAUCCUGUGCAAUACUGGGAAAUCCAGCCUUCUGCUUUCCGGUGUAUCCAUGAACGAUCUGCGGUACAGAUUGGAAAUUACAAAUAGAUCUCUAAAGACGGGGUUUGGUUGCAUUUCAGUUGACGUACCGGUUGUAACAGGCCUGUUAAAAAAAAAAAAAAAAAAAAAAAAAGUUGCUAACAAUUAAAGCCAAAUACCAGAAACUUCAUUGUAAAGUGGAGACGAUCCAUUGAUGUAAAAGAAACAAGUCAUUACAGAUAUACAAGAUCAAGCAUGCUACCAAAAAGAAUUGCCAACCAUGGUUAAAUCUCAUUUAUUUCAGCCUUUUUUCCAGCAUGCUUUCUGUGGUAUUUAUCAAUUUGCUGAAUGCUACAGGUUCCAUUGUAUAUGAGAUUCGGAGUAAAUAUUUGUCAAGCUAUGAUAUAUAUGGAGGAAAAAAAAAAAAAAAAACAAUUGUUGGUAUUUUUAUAGCCACACACACACACACACACAAAAGGUAGACAAAAAAGAUGACUCUCAACCUAUUUUUUAUUCUUGGGGAGAAUAAGCCCCUUUGAACUUACUUCAAGCCCUGGAGGUUUUAAAAUAUCCACUAUAAUAUUAAGCUAAUUCUGAAUGUAUCUACUUAGCAGAGGCAAAUAAAAGUUGUUGCUAAUGUCAUUAUUUUGGGAAAAAUAAAAUAAAUUCAUAUUGUACACAUGCUUUUUUUAAGUUUUCCAUUCUUCUUGAGCAAUGCUAUUCAGAAUUAGGCUAACAUAAUCCUAUUGAACAAAAUAAAGAAUAGUUUGCAGUGCAAAACAUUUAGCCUAUGUCUGGAUCUCAUUAACUAYAUUUCUCUAGUCCAAAUCCCUCUCACCUUAGUCACAAGGGCAGUUUCACUAAUCUCAGUGAGACUACAUUGCAGAGUAAGGUAUUAGGGUUUAGUUGUCCAUCCCAAUCCAUGUAUACAUCUAAACCAAAAAUAACAGCAAUUCAUCAUUCACUUGCUCUACAAUGUACAUUGUUCUGUAUUCCUUACUGUUUUUGGUAUUUAAACUAUGUUUCUAAUUGCCAAGUAGAGAUGUGCAGAUUCCCCAUCUGAAGAAUUUCUGAGAUUUAGAUUAUAAACCAGAGCAUAGCUAUAGUGAAAUACAAGGUGAAGUAACUACCAGGCUUAGCUCAAAGUUGCUUGGACAUCAUUCAUAGAGGUAUCGUAGCAUGAUUUGAAAGCCCUCUGMAAAUUGGGGGUUCUU